AUGCUCACGGAAGGGACCGGACCCAUGACGGUUAUUGCACACCAGGCCUUUUUACUGUGGUCGCAUUGCCUGUGCAAAACACUGCACACGUACACUCUUGACGCGAUCGGACUCGCACGGGUGGGGACCCUGUCCUUCUCCCACCCCUCGUUUGGCGUCUACGUUUUUUAUUUAUUUAAAUCGCACGGCGCCUAG